AUGAACAGCAAGCAGCCGCACUUUGCCAUGCAUCCCACCCUCCCUGAGCACAAGUACCCGUCGCUGCACUCCAGCUCCGAGGCCAUCCGGCGGGCCUGCCUGCCCACGCCGCCGGCGUUCGCCGAGCGCUUCAAGCAGCGGCGCAUCAAGCUGGGCGUGACGCAGGCCGACGUGGGCUCGGCGCUGGCCAACCUCAAGAUCCCGGGCGUGGGCUCGCUCAGCCAGAGCACCAUCUGCAGGUUCGAGUCGCUCACGCUCUCGCACAACAACAUGAUCGCGCUCAAGCCCAUCCUGCAGGCGUGGCUGGAGGAGGCUGAGGGCGCGCAGCGCGAGAAAAUGAACAAGCCUGAGCUCUUCAACGGCGGCGAGAAGAAACGCAAGCGGACUUCCAUCGCCGCGCCCGAGAAGCGCUCCCUGGAGGCCUACUUCGCUGUGCAGCCCCGGCCCUCCUCGGAGAAGAUUGCCGCCAUCGCCGAGAAACUGGACCUCAAAAAGAACGUGGUGCGGGUGUGGUUUUGCAACCAGAGACAGAAGCAGAAGCGGAUGAAAUUCUCGGCCACUUACUGAGGGAGGUGGGAGGUGCCGGGCGGGGCAGAGCGGGAGCUGAGGGGGCGUUUCAGGGGGGUUUUCCUCUGGCCUGCUUCCUCUGGCUUUUGGAGUGUCCGUUAUCCUGCCUGCGUUUGGGAAGCCUCUCCUGUUGCUCUUUCCUGCACCCCACUCUGCCCUUCCUUCCCUUACUGCCCGCAGUCCCCUGGCCUAGAGGACAGGAGUGCUGGAAGUGGAGGAAGGACAGGAUGGCAGGGGAGAUGGGGGGAGCGUCUAGGUGAGUAGGGCGUAGGGGCAAGGAAAGCGAGAGUGGACUGGGGUUUCUGAGGAGCAGGAUGGUUCUGGGGGCAGGGUGGGGGGAGAGGUGGGAAGGGUUGGGAAAUGGACUGUUUUUGACCAGAGACAUUUAUCAAAAUCUCCUGGGGACCAAGGAACUAUGUACAAAAUCAAACUCACCAACCACCAAAAACUAGACAAAUAAAGACAACAAAACAAAAGCAAAGAAAAAUGCUUUAAAAAUUUAACUUCGGGGAGCCAUAAUCUGCAGCUUCAUUUACCCCCAAGAAAGAGAGAAAAGAGCACUAUCAUGAUUACCACUGCCCCAACCCUACACCCGUGAACCGAGUCAAAAACCAAAAGACCAGAAGGUGAAAUUCUGGGCAGCGAAGCUAGUUCUGUCUUCGUGUUUAAAUUUUCCCUCAAAAUCCCAUUUCCACCCUAUCCACAUCUUCCUUGAUUUGUUUUCCCUGUUUCAACGAGGCGCCAGUGGCUGUGCUCCACAGUGGCUGCGCUGGGCAGCGAGUGUGGACGCAGCUGAGAGGGGCGUGGGGUUGGGAGGUGGGCUGCCCAGUUAGGUGGAACCUAAGUUCCCCAGUGGCCCGCUGGCUGCAGAGGCCUGGGCCAGGCUGGUUGAGGGUCUUUAGGAAGAGAGUCUGCGCUGUUUAAAAGGAAGAAUUUAGGGGCUCCGAAAGAAAUAUUUUAUUCUAAGAAAAAUAAAACAAUUAUAGCAAGAUUGUUCUCUUUUGCUCCUAUCUAAUUACAGCAUAGAGAAAAUGGACUAUUUUUUAAACAGGCCCCCGCCCCCAUACAGGGCUUUGCCUUAGCGUGCCCUUUAUUUUUCAGAAUGGCUUCUCUCAGACUGUUUAUUGGGUUUCUUUUUUCCCCUACCGACUCAAAAUAGAUUGAUGGGUUGGAAGAUAUUAGGACAGAUAUUUCCUUCCGUUUUCUAUCUACACUGAAUAAGACUCAUCUUGCUCUUCUAGGUCCCCUUUCCUCUUCUCUUGGAAAAGAUGGAGUCACUGAAAUGUUGAGAAGUUUCUGCUUUCAGUUGGGGCAGGACUUGGCUGUGAGAAAAUCACCUAAAUCCCAGAAGAGAGGAAGACAGAUUUAAAGGCCCUCCCCCUACUCCAUUUAUUUCAAAGAAGUCUGCAUGUUCCCCUGGGGAAGGCAGAACAACUGUUUCCUUUUUGUUGCUAUAAUUAUUCAAGAGUCAUUUAUUACUGGGGAUAAAUGUUGGGUAGCAAGAACUUUAAUUUGCACUAUCAGUUUCCCAAAUAGAAAAUCAUGUAUAGUAUUUCAUAAUAAUAAUCAAGUUAACUUACAAGCUGCUGAUGGAUCAAAAAAGGAGAGACAGUUAAAGGUGGUUAGGUAAAAUGCCUGCUUUGUGUACAAGAUACUCUUUGGAUCUCAUGUGGAGGUGGUUUAUUACCAUCAUUUAACCAUAAGUAAAAAUUUAACACAAAACAAAUGGCAAAAGAAAAAAAAACCUUCCUGUUUAACAAGACUGAUAUCAUGCAUGACUUGAAAAGUGCAGAAAGAAACAAUUAGGUCUCACUCUGGUUAGGAAUUAUUUAUUUAAUUAUGUUGUAUAUCAUUGUUUGCAGCGCAAACAUUCUAUGCAUUUGAAACUGAGCACUAAACUGGGCUAGCUUUCUGGUAGACUGUUUUUUUGUGGGUAGUGUUAUUUCACAGUCUACUGCCUGUGUCCACUGAAAACACAACAUUCUUGUCAUAUUCUUCUAUUUAGAGGGAAAAGAAAAAAAGGAAGAUUAUUGUAAAUAUUUUAUUUAAUGCACACAUUCACACAGUGGUUACAAACUGCCAGUGUUAAUCCUGAAACGUCUCACGGGUUGAUCUACCUGUCCAUGUGUGUCUACUGAGCUUUCUCUUUGGUUAUGUCUCCACUCUGUUACCUUCCUUGUCUCCCACUUCUAUCAGAAUCACUUCUGUGCCCCACAAUACAAGAGAGGGAUGUGUCCCAGUACACUUACAAAUAAAACAUAACUGAAAGAAUAGCAGUUUAUGACUUGGGUGCAUUUUUGUGUUUAUCUUGGGCCAAGUCUUGGUAGAGUGGUUGAGCAAAUGAGACAUUUCAACCAGAUAACCUAACCAAACAAAAACAAAAAAGGGGGUAGAUGGGGAGGAUGUGAAAGGUGGAUCAAAGAAAAGGAUUUUUUGCUGAAUUAGAAUUCACUUUUAGAUAACUCAUGAAAAGUGGUGCUCUAAAUAAAAUGAAUUCUAUAUUAGCUGUGUUUAUCAAAGUUUUUUUUUUUUAAUUGCAGACACUGGUGGAUAAUAAAGAACCAGGCCCCCCCCCCCAAAAAAAAAAAAACAUUUGAGGGUCAGGGACAGUGACAUUUGGGGAGUUUAUAUGUGCUGUUCUAGCCUAAAAAAUUUCUAAAAAUGUUGUAACUAAAUGACUUUUCUUUGAAGGUUAAUAAACUUAAAAAUCGUCUACUGAUCUAUCCACAGACCUUGUCAAAUGUUUCUGUUCAUUUGGAACAUUCAGUGUGCUGCCUAUUGCUCCAAAGUGACUAGAAAUUCUCUAUUUCUUGGUGACUGGGACUAGAUCAGAUGCCAAAUGUACAAAGUUUCUUAAUAGCUGGGAGUAUAUCUUCUGAAGUCAUCCUAUUUUAGCUAAAUCUCUUUACUUUCACCGGCAAAUCUGUGAAGCAAAACACUUGAUAUUCAAAAAUAGUACAUUUUAAAAGCUGUGAUUUUAAACAGUUGUUAAUGUUUUAAAAAGCACUAGAUAUUUUUAAAAAUAGAUCUCGUCCAUCAAAAUUGAUUUGUUUCUGUUGUUACUGACUUGAAUUAUCAUGUAAGUUUCUAAUAAAAUGCAUUUGUAAAAAAAAACCACAUUAUUUUAUAGAAAAGUAUGACCAGAUUUGAUUGUUGGAGAACAAGGAAUGAACAAAUGAAAAUAUUUACAAAGGUUUUUCUUUUAAAUCUGCCCAAACAGAAAUGUUGCAGGCAAAUACAUUUGUAUUAUAUAAUAAUGGAUAAUGUAUAUAUUAAAAAUUUAAGCAUUUGUUUUGUAUUAAAAUCCUUAACAAGAGAAGACUUAUGUUAAUAAAACAUCAUGAAAACCCA